GCGGCUGUGUGUCCGGUAUAAAUACCUUCUCCCCCGUCUUCAGUCUGUCUCCACACCGACAGCAGCUCCGACAGGGGGAUUUGACACACGAUGGCACCAAAGAAAAUCUGUGUUAUUGGCUCUGGUAACUGGGGCUCUGCCAUUGCCAAGAUUGUGGGCGCCAACGCAGCCAAGUAUGAUCAGUUUGACACCACGGUGAACAUGUGGGUGUUUGAAGAGACGGUGAACGGGCGUAAACUCACAGAAAUCAUCAACACAGACCAUGAAAAUGUGAAAUAUCUGCCCGGACACAAGCUGCCCCCCAACGUGUUGGCCGUUGCAGACUUGGCUGAAUCUGUGAAAGGAGCAGACAUCCUUAUCUUUGUGGUCCCACAUCAGUUCAUUGUAAGAGUGUGUGACACCAUUAAAGACCACAUCAAGAAGGAAGCUGUAGGAAUGUCUCUCAUCAAGGGUGUAGACGCAGGUCCAGAGGGUCUGAAGCUGAUCUCAGAGGUGAUCAGAGGGAAGCUGGGCAUCACCACGACCGUACUCAUGGGAGCAAACAUCGCCAACGAGGUUGCUGAUGAGAAGUUCUGUGAAACAACUAUUGGUUGCAAAGACAAAGCUCACGGGUCCAUUCUGAAGGACUUGAUGCAGACCACCAACUUCCGUGUGACCGUGGUGGAGGAGUCUGAUGUAGUGGAGAUCUGUGGGGCGCUAAAGAACAUCGUAGCAGUGGGAGCAGGUUUCUGUGAUGGUCUGGGAUUCGGAGACAACACCAAAGCAGCAGUGAUCCGUCUCGGCCUGAUGGAGAUGAUCGCCUUCGCUAAGAUCUUCUGCACAGACUGUCCCGUCUCACCGGCCACUUUCCUGGAGAGCUGCGGCAUUGCUGACCUCAUCACGACCUGCUAUGGAGGACGCAACCGCAAGAUUGGGGAAGCUUUUGCCAAAACAGGCAAAACCAUCGAGGAGUUAGAGAAUGAAAUGCUGAACGGACAAAAACUUCAAGGUCCAGCCACGGCAUCUGAGGUCCACGUUAUCUUGAAACAGAAAAAAAUGGUGGAGAAGUUCCCUCUUUUCACCGCCGUGUACGAGAUAUGCUUCAACAGCCACCCUGUCACAGAGUUCAUCCAGUGUUUGCAGAACCACCCAGAGCAUAUGUAACAGACUGACAAAAGGAGCAAUGAAAGAGUGGAAGUUGGGAAAGGACUUUUACACUACUGUAGAAUCAAGGUGAUCAUGUUAGGUGAAGAAUGUGUCUCGUCUGUUUCAUAUUUAAAUCUCAAACAGAGAGGAAACAAUGGAGCCAAGUUUCCUUCUUAACCUGAGCUGCUUUUACUGAGAGAAACGUAACUCCUGUUUUUACUGAUUAGACACAUACAUGUCAAAAAAGUGUUAUUUAAAACCCUGAAGUCUUAAAUUUGAAUCACUGUGCCUUACACAAUACACAAACUGACCUGACUGUUACGAAAUGUUACAUGAUUUCUGAGUAAAAAAGUGCCUUAACUUUACUUUUCACGGACAAGAAUGCUUUUCAGUGUUAUACAAAGCACUGAACAGUUACAAAUCGGACUGUAUUUUCUUCUUCUGGAGUCUUCUUCCGAUGUAGCCAAAACUUAACAAGAUUUAUUUUGGAAUAAAUUAUUGAACUUGUUAA